AUGUUAAAUAAGUGUAAGUAUUUGUUUAUUUGUGGUGCAAUCGCAUCUGGUAUUGGAAAGGGAACCAUAAAUAGUAGUAUAGGAAUGCUAUUGAAAUAAUACGGUUAUAAGGUGUCUUUUUUGAAAAUUGAUCCAUAUUUAGUAUGAUUUAUUACAAAAGUAGAAUAUUGAUGCAGGUACAAUGAAUCCUUAUGAGCAUGGCGAAGUUUUUGUAACAGGUGAUGGGUAAGGAAUAAUAUUACAAUAUUAGAGGAGAGGUUGAUUUAGAUAUUGGAAAUUAUGAAAGAUUUUUAGAUAUUGAGUUGUCCUUUUACCAUAGCUUAACUAGUGGAAAACUCUAUUAAAAAAUAUUAUAGUAAUAUAUUUAAAUUAUAGGAAUAGAAAAGAGAGAGAAGGACACUAUUUAGGAAAAACAGUUUAAGUGAUACCUCAUGUGGUUGAUGAAAUAAAAAAUUGGAUUAGACACUUAACGACUGUACCAUUGAAACAUGACACUGAAGAUAGACCUGAUAUAUUGUUAGUAGAAGUAGGAGGAACUGUUGGUGACUUGGAAUCAACUUGUUAUUAUGAAGCUGUUAGAUAAAUGAUAAAUGAAGAGGGAAAAGAUAAUGUUGGUUUGGUAAUAUAAUUUUGAAUAUAAUAGAUUAUGCUUACUUAUAUUUUAACAUUGAAUAAUGAACAAAAAACAAAACCUGCAUAAAAUGGCAUAAAGGAUCUUAGAUAUACAGGAUUAAUAGCUGAUUUCAUAAUAUGUAGAUCUGAAACAGAAUUAUAAAUUUCAUAAAGAGAUAAAUUAGCUAUGUUUGGAAAUAUAUCUAAAGAUUCAAUAUUUUCUGUUCCAAAUUCUUAACAUAUUUAUGAUGUACCAGAAGUAUUAUAAAGAUAAAAAUUGGCUGAACAUAUUUUAGAAAAAUUUAAACUUCCAAUUUAAAAAAUACCUAAUAUUGAAAAAUAUACAAAAUUUGGAUAAUAUUUAAAAUAAUUAGAAUAAUAAAAACCUAUUACAAUAGGAAUUAUGGGAAAAUAUAUGAAAAAUUUGGUAAUUAAUUUAUUAUAUUUAGGAUGCAUAUAUGUCUUUAAUUAAAGCAUUAAAAGAGGCAAGUUAUGCAAUUAAAGUAAAUUUACAAUUAAAAUAUAUUGAUCUUGUUGAAUUCUAAAAUAGUUAAAAUCCUGAAGAAUAACUUGAAAAAGAAUGUGAUUAAUUUGAUGCUAUCCUUGUGCCAGGUGGAUUUGGAUAUAAUGGUUUUAAUUUAAAAAUCAAAUGUUGUUAAUAUGCUCGUGAAAAAAAGAAACCUUUUCUUGGAAUCUGUUAUGGAUUUUAAGCAGCUGUUAUUGAAUAUGCUUAAAAUAUAUUAGGAAUUAAAGAUGCUACUUCAGAGGAAUUGAAGGAAGAAUAAAUAGGAACAAAUUUUGUUGUAUUUAUGCCAGAAAUCAAUCCAAAAUUAUUUGGAGGUAAUAUGAGAUUAGGAAAUCAUGAAACAUUUAUUGAGUAAGAAAAUUAAUUUAUUUGAGAAAUAAAGACAGCAUAGCAUAUCAAAUAUAUGAUUCAGAAAUAGUAUAAGAAAGACAUAGACAUAGAUAUGAAGUAAAUCCUGAAAAGAUUCAAAUAUUAAAUGAAAAUGGAUUGAUUUUCUCUGGAAAAGAUAAGUAGACUGGUUAAAGAAUGGAAGUAUUAUUUUAUUAAUAAAUUUAAGAUUCUAGAAUUACCAAAAAAUUAACAUCCAUUUUAUGUUGGAGUUCAAUAUCAUCCAGAAUUUACUUCUAAAAAUUUCAAACCAAAUCCAUUAUUUGUUAGUUUUGUUUCUGCUGCAGCAAAUGGAGAAUAUAAAAAAUAAAAGAUAGAUAUCAACUAUAACAAUUAAAUUUGA